CUCAGUGAUCAUGAAAAUCUUUCUUAUCAUUUGUGUUCUCUUCUCUGCCUGGUGUCUCUCGUUCUUUCUGGACUGCUUCUUGUACGGUAGUCCCGUCCCUCUCAACAGUAGCCAGAAUAGAGACGAGGCUCCUCCGUUUCAUGGUGCAACAUUGGAUAACGUAUUUUGGUUCUUACAGGUAUCAGAUAUUCACAUUAGCGUGUACGUUGAUCCUGGACGCUACGAAGACCUCAAGCUAUUCAUAAAGCAAGUUGUGGGGACAGUGAAACCAGCUGUAGUCUUUGUGACAGGUGAUAUUACGGAUGCUAAAGGAGCCGAUCAGUUGUCAUCCACACAGGAAUCAAGAGAAUGGCAUAUCUAUAGAGACAUUUUAAACCAGUCCCAAUUCGGAGACAUGCCAUGGAUUGACCUAAGAGGAAAUCAUGAUGCUUUUAAUGUCCCAUGGAAGUAUCACAGAGAAGACAUGUAUCGUCAGUAUGCUCUUAGCUCUACAAAGCAUUCCUCAGUUGCAUUUAAAUGGUCCCAUAAAACUAAUUUUGGCGUCUAUUCAUUUGUUGGCAUUGAUGCUUGUCCAUCCCCUGGACUAAAGAGACCUUAUAACUUCUUUGGAGUCUUGCACGACGAAGAUUUAACAAUGAUAGAGGACAUAAUGGCCGAAACAAAACGAGACAAUGGAACCAUUAUACUCACUCAUUAUCCGUCAUCGUUCAUCACGUCCGACUAUAAAAGAAUGAGAAAUAUUUUUAGUCAUUCUAUUGCUCACUUGUGUGGUCACUUACAUUCUGGUGGAGAAUACUUCUUUGAGAGGCUAGCAAUGUAUGCUCGUCAUCCUGACGGACAUCUUGAAUUAGAACUGAGUGACUGGAAGUUUGUGAGAAAGUUUAGAUUAUUAGCCUAUGAUCAUGACAUCUUAUCAUUUACUGACACUUCCUUGCAUAAGUGGCCUCUAGUACUUAUCACGAAUCCAGUCAGUACACACUUUGCUUUACCAGGAAGAGAGCCCACUAGUAGAAUCAAGCACUCAACUCAUAUUCGCAUUCUUGCAUUUUCACUCUGGUCUAUAACUGAUGUCCUUGUUUCAAUUAAUGGUGGCUCUAAUCAAUCUGCUACUCUUGCGGCAAAAGGUCAACCUCUUUAUGUGUUGCCUUGGCAGACUAGCCACUAUAUGCAUGGGAAGCACUCGCUGACAGUUUUUGUCAAAGACUCUAAAGGAAACGAGGCAAAGGUUUCUCAGAAGUUUUCAUUGGAUGGUAGCAAAGACCCUCUAGAUAAAUUACCAGGGUUUUUCUUAUUGACUGACCACAGAUCAUUUGCUAGAAUGACCUUCUUUUCUUUGUGGCUGUUAUUAGUUACUUGUUUGAUGACUGCAUGGUUUGGUGCAGGCUUUCAAUAUUUUCAAAACAUGACAAGAUAUCCUCCAGUCUUUUAUCCAUUUUUAUUUAACCUACUAUAUUUUGCAGUUGGCCCAUGGUACGUUGGUGAGGUACUCAGAGAUGUCUACGGUCUAAUAUUUGUACAUGGGAUGAUGGCCAGUGGCCACUUUAUUCCAGGAUCACUGACAUACGUCCACGGAGUUGCUGAGAUACUGACUUAUUAUCUACCGCUAAGCCUGUAUCUGUCUUAUCUGUUGCAGCCCAGAAACUCAAAGAAAUGGAGGCACCAAUGUGUCCUCUAUCUAUGGAUGGCCUUCAUUGCACUGGCAAUCAUGUACCACAUGAGAGGAGUUAGGAGGAUAGUGAGGAGCUAUGGGUGGAUCUCCUUAAUUAUUAGUCCGGGAUACUGCUGGACUCUUGUGUUAGGCGGACUGUUAGUUUAUUUAGCAAUUAGGAAAGGAAAACGAACAUAAUUUAACACCAAUAAUAAUAAUAAUAAUAAUAAUAGUAAUAAACAAUGAUAGAGAUGAUUAAGCUACCCUUAUAAAUGAUCAGUAAAGUGGUGAAAUGGCCACACACAUUGUA